GGCUAGCACAUGAUUGCCUCGACAGUCGACAAGCGACAAAACACCGCGACAUAGAGCUCUCACGCGAACCGAUAGCACAUGAUUUGGGCGAUAAACCUCUCUCUCGCGGACAAAUGUCAAAGCGAAAAAUCGUUGUCGCUUGAGAGUUCCACGCGGGAUACUCUCGCAAUAGGCAGCAUGAGUGCACUUUGGGCGACAAAAUAUCCCGCGUGUCAAUGUCAAAACGAGAGAAACUGUCUUCGAGCCGCAAAGCUAGCGAGACGCUCUCGAGAAGCACUUUUCUGGCGAUUACGAGCUAUUUAAUCCCAAAAAUAAUGGCAUAUUUCCUUCUUCUAAAUGAAGAGCUGAGACAGCGUAAAAUUCAGCGCAAGCGUUUACGCGACGCUCAUAACCCCUUCGAGCUGCCGGAUCCAGAAUUCCAACAUUUAUAUAGAAUUAACAAAGAUAUGGGCCGGUACUUGAUUGGGCAGCUUGAAGGGACUUUAGGAGAGACCGCCGCUCACGGCAUUCCAGUACAUGUCCAGGUACUAUCAUCCGUGAUGUUCAUGGCUGCCGGGAGUUAUCAAAGAGGAGUGGGCCAAGACCACAACUUGUGCAUGGGGCAGACAACUGUGUCUAAAUAUUUAGGCAGAGUUGUCGAUGCCAUUAACCAACGAUUGAAAAACCGGUGGAUUGUUUUCCCGGGAACGGAGGCAGGAAGGCAAAAUGUCUCCUCCGGAUUCCGGGAAAAGUUCGGAGUCCCCGAUGCACUGGGAGCAGUUGAUUGCACGCAUGUGGCCAUUUUUCCACCACCGCGGCCACAUGGCGUGCAAUAUAUAAAUCGAAAGGGAAUACACACCCUCAAUGUGCAGUUGGUAGCAGACGCGAACUGCAAAAUUUUAAAUGUAAACGCCCAAUUUCCGGGGAGAGUACAUGAUACCUAUAUCUUUCGUCAGUCGGUGGUGAGAGGGGAAAUGCGUCGCCUCCACGAUCAGCGCAUGGGGCGUUACUUUCUUUUGGGAGAUUCCGGCUACCCACUAGAGCCCUGGCUCAUGACGCCGGUGUUGCACGCCGACCCGCACUCGCCGCAGGACCGCUACACGCGUUGGCACUGCCAGGCCCGGAACGUAGUGGAGCGCACAAAUGGAUACCUGAAAGGUUCUCUCCGGUGUUUGGGAUUGGAUAGGUGCCUCCACUACGCUCCAGAGAAAGCGUGCAGCCUCAUAUAUGCUUGCUGCACCUUAUACAAUAUCAUGAAGUACUAUGGAGUGGAGUUGCAGCAAGCAGAGAUAGAGCCGGUUGAAGGCCAGGACCACGACGGACCGAUCGACGACGCUGCGGCCCUUAUGCGGGUAGCCAAUGAACGCCGAGAGAAUUUAAUAUUAAAUUAUUUUUCUUAAAUAAAACUUAUUUCAGUUACCUACAUUACCUUUUAAAACUAUUGAAACGAAUUACACCACGUAUAUAUGCUUCCAUGGUCUAUAUUAGCUAUACGCGCUUAAAUAAAAAAAACCUUUUAUAUGUUUGUUUAUAAUCGUCUUUAUUCAAAAAACUAAAUUAUACAAGACAGUUUAAAUGUCCCCCUAAACUUUAACAAUUACUAUAUAUUUCAACAAAACUUAACAAAAUAUUAUUUUUAUAUGCUUUGCUCAACGUUCUAUGAUUACGGUUCGUUACAAUCAAAUGUUACGCAGAUGUAGUGCGAAAAGGGUUAUUAACUCCUUAAAACCACAGAAUAUAUCUAGACACGCGGUAGCGUGUCAAGCCAAGUUCAAGUAACAGAACUGGCGAGCAGCACCGUGACCCCCUCAUAACUCAAAAAGUAUUUUACAUAAACGUGUCAAAUUUAACGUCCAAAAAUCGUCAUUUUUAUCAUAUAUAUACCUAUAGACAUAAUUUCUAAUGAUCUAGAAUGUUCACAUUUGGCAUGCAGACAGGUAAUUAGGUGAAAACACAGGAAAAAAUCAGACAUUGGUAAAUUUUUACCUUUUUUGAAAAGUGAUAUGUUGAGUAAAAACAUGUUUAGUUCAACCGGGGUUUACUAGAUGGCGCUAGUAAUCCUCGAUUGUCCUGUCCAUUAAACUAAUAUAUAAAUAACAAUC